CUUUGUACAAGUUUGUUUAAAAUCAUGGAAUCCAAUCACGAUCAAACGUUUCUCCACAUACUUCGCGAGGAGAAGAACGUCAGCAAUUUCUUGGACGCCUUCUUUGGCUUCUUGUACAGAUGCACGGACUUUUACGUCGAAGCGGAUUUGGAGCAAAAAUUGGGCUUCCCACCUGGAGUGGCAGAGAAGCUCGUAUCAAGCACCAUGUACAAAUGGAAGAACGUCGCAUUGUCUCUACAAAAGGCAACAUCCGAUGGUAGGACAAACAGUGGUGUUACGGCGGAUCAAGUAGUCCUGACGCAAAGCGAGAGCUCUGGAUUUGCUCCACCGGUGGCGCAAGAAAUUGAAAUCGACUCGUGUAACAAAUGUAAUGACACUAAACCACCCUCUGCGCAAUUGUUCAGGAUGGAUGAUACGUCGGACAGUUACAAUGGAGCUGUGAGGGAAAAUUACGUUUGGACCCAGACUCUUGGCGACUUGGAUGUACUCGUGAAAGUACCCGAACACAUAAGAGCCUCCAAAGAGACAGUCAAAGUCGACAUAAGCUCAAGUGAGGUCAAAAUUUAUGGCAAGCCUUCCGCAUCGUCGAUAAAUUCCGAAUGGGAUGACAUUUUCAAUGGCAAACUUAGCUUUAAAAUUCGAAGCGGUGAAUCUACAUGGAGCAUAGAAGGGAAAGAAAUUAAUAUUCAUCUUGAAAAAGCUACGGAAAGAUGGUGGGGAGCCUUAAUAUUAGACGAACCAAAAAUUGACUUGAACAAGAUCGACUGUUCGAAACAUUUGUACGAUAUGGCGCCAGAGGAGCAAAUGAAAGUGCAGGAGUUGAUGUGGAAUUACCAGCAGAAGGUCUUGGACAAACCAACGUCUGAACAAAUUAAGAUGGAGGCCACUUUGAAGCAGGCGUGGAACGCGAAAGGAUCGCCUUUCCAGGGUACACCUUACGAUCCUUCCAUUUUAAAGUACAAUUGAUGUAUCCUAAUAUAUUUUCUGAAAUUGCAAUGUUUAUACGUGGCGGGUUAAAAAUUAGAUUAUGUUUGUAUUCAAUAACAUUUGUACUUGUAAAACAUUUAUAUUGUGUUCAUUUCACACGUAUACACAGGGUAUUCGAAAAGAAUGGGACCCCUCUGUUAUCUCCGAAAGUACACUCGCGAAAAAAUAAUCCGAGUAAAAGUUGUAGGGGGUCAUGAAGUACUAUCUUUUGGCGACCUUGAAAUUGAUCUUGAGGGUCAUUCGAAGGUCAACUUUGGUAUUUUAAAAUGAAACAAGUGGCCCUUAGGGAGUCCUAGUUUGACCACUAAUAUGACAAGGUAUCUGAACGGAAAAUUUUGCCACCCUUUUUAAAUCCGGGGUCAAAAAAGGGGGUUUCCAUUUAUAAAAUCAAAGUUGACCUUCAAAUGACUCUCAAGGUCAAUUUCAAGGUCACCAAAAGAUAGUACUCCAUGACCCCUGCAAUUUUUAUUCGGGUAAUUUUCCAUGAAAGUGUGUACUUCUGGAGAUAAUAGGGGGAUCCCCAUUUUUUUCAUAUACCUUGUAUAAUAUACAUGUAUAUAUAAGAUAUGCAGCAAUUUUAUCGCCCAGGAAUCUUGCUCUUUUGAUAUUCCGGAUAUUUUGUUUCGUAUAUAUUUUUCUUAUGCAUGUCUCGCAUAUCUAAUAUUAUAAAAAUUAUGAAGAAAAACAGCCAAGUCUUUUUAAAGAAAAUAAUCUAAAUGGAUAUUGUGCACUUUCUGCAUUUGAAUGUUGCGCUUUCAGAAAAAGAGCUUGGAUCUAAAAUGGUAAUAUGUUGAAAAAAAAAUUUUGUUAAUAGC